ACCGGAGGAGGCGGGAGCUCAGGACCGGCGCCUUCUCCUUGCCUUUUGGGGUCGUGGCCUUGCUCCCGCUGUGCAAGGCAGGAGCCUGGCCCCGUCCACGCACGUGUGUGCCCGUGGGACCUGUGGUGUCUGUGCGUCCGUGCUAGGUCUCUGCCGGGUCAGAAGCAGAAGCCAUGGGCGGGACGGCCAGCACUCGCCGGGUCACCUUCGAGGCGGACGAGAAUGAGAACAUCACCGUGGUGAAGGGCAUCCGGCUUUCGGAAAAUGUGAUUGAUCGUAUGAAGGAAACCUCUCCAUCUGGCCCGAAGUCUCAGCGGUAUUCUGGUACUUACGGUGCCUCAGUUUCUGAUGAAGAAUUGAAAAGAAGAGUGGCUGAGGAACUGGCUUUGGAACAGGCCAAGAAAGACUCUGAAAAUCAGAAACGACUGAAGCAAAGCAAAGAACUGGAUGCAGAGAAGGCUUUUGCCAACGAGCAGUUGACCAGAGCUAUCCUUCGUGAGAGGAUAUCAAAUGAGGAGGAGCGUGCGAAGGCGAAGCACCUGGCUAAGCAGCUGGAAGAGAAAGAUCGGGUGAUAAAGAAGCAGGAUGCAUUCUACAAAGAGCAGCUGGCUAGACUGGAGGAGAGGAGCUCAGAGUUCUACAAAGUUACCACCGAGCAAUACCAGAAAGCUGCUGAGGAGGUGGAAGCAAAGUUCAAGCGGUAUGAGUAUCACCCCAUCUGUGCUGAUCUGCAGGCCCAAAUUCUCCAGUGUUACCGCCAGAACACCCAGCAGACCCUCAGCUGCUCAGCUCUGGCCAGCCAGUACAUGCGCUGCGUCAAUCAGGCCAAACAGAGCAUGCUUGAGAAGGGAGGAUAAAAUCAACUUUUAGAAGAAGGAAAAUUCCUUCAACGUUAAUUCCAGAGGUGGAACAUUUUUUUUUUUUUCCCUAGUAAGAAAGCAACCCAUUUAAAGAGAAGAUCAUUACAGAGAAACAUCGGAGAGCAAGUUCAGCAGAAGCGUAUCACGGUUUGAUCAGCAGCAGUUUGCAAAGCCAAGGCCUAGAUCAGGGAUCAUCCGCCAAGGACACGGCGCGGUGUUAAUAAACCCCAUUUAUGAUGAUUACAAAGAAAGGCAGCCCUCUCCACCGUGUGUACUUUCAAUUCAACUUCCCCUUCUAACCAGGCUCCAUCAUUUGGUGAACCUGGGCUCCCACAGAGCCGGGGCUUGGAAUCAAGGGCUGAGGUCCCUGGAGUGGGGAGAAGAAAAGGCCAGAUUCCCUCCAUCUCCGGCCAGCAGUGUUGGCAGAAUUGGCUCCACUGUGGCAUGUCAGGAUUCUCCCUUUUCCUUUUCUGCCUUGACUGUCUAAAAGCUACUUUAUUUUAACUUAUUAUGGUGAUCAUGUAAGAAGACAAAAAGAAAAUGUACCUCUCUUACUGGAAUAAUGUUUCUGAUUACAAGUGAAAUAAGGCAUUUUUUUUUAUAAACAUAAAGGCAGCCUGGCUUCUGCAACCUCUCCUCUAUCAUGAAUACCAACAUCUUUACUUCACUCACUAUCAAUAAUAAAUAUAUUUUCUGACAAAGAC